GCACAACUUUGAUCUUGAACUGUACCUACCUCCAUUGCUUGUUACCUACAUAGGUAUAUAAAGUUUACAAGUCCAACAAAAAAAAAAACAAAAAAAUCACAACGAUAAAAAGUCUUUGACAAGAGUCACCUUCAUCGAACUUCUACUACAUCAGAUAAUUCCUCAAAAUGUCUGUUUGGCGAAUCCCCCCAACACCGAAGAGCCCUCUCGCUCGAUAUCGUAUCCUAUCCCCCACGGCUUCCGUGAGAGUCAGCCCACUAUGCCUUGGGGCUAUGAAUUUUGGCGAGGCCUGGAAGGAUUAUAUGGGUACUUGUGAUCAAAAGACUACGGAGGAGAUAUUGGAUUUCUUCUACGAACAGGGCGGUAACUUUAUUGACACGGCCAAUAACUACCAAUCCGAGCAGUCCGAAGCAUGGCUUGGCGAGUGGAUGAAGAAGCGUGGUGUUCGUGACCAGAUGGUCAUCGCUACAAAAUACUCCAGUAACUUCCGUACGGGACAUUUCGAUGAGAUUAUGAUCAAUAACCAGGGCAAUGGCACCAAGAGCCUACACGUGUCCGUCAAUGCCAGCUUACGAAAGUUGCAGACGGACUAUAUUGACCUUCUUUAUGUUCACUGGUGGGACGGAAGUACUUCUAUCCCCGAGGUAAUGCAGGCCUUGAACCAACUCGUACAAUCUGGUAAGGUUCUCUAUCUAGGCAUCAGCGACACACCCGCCUGGGUUGUGAGCAAGGCCAAUGAGUACGCUCGCAAUCACGGUUUACGCCAAUUCAGCGUGUACCAAGGGCGAUGGUCAGCGGCGAGCCGCGAUGUUGAACGCGAGAUUCUCCCCAUGAUUCAGGCCGAGGGCAUGAGCCUAGCGCCGUGGGGCGCACUUGGUGGAGGAAAAUUCAAGACAGAGGAGCAGCGCCAGGUGCAAACUAGUGGUCGCUCUAGAGAUCCAACCGAGGCCGAGAUCAAGGUCAGCCAGGCUCUAGAAGCGGUAGCUAGACGUAAGGGCACCAUAAUUACGAGUGUGGCGCAAGCGUACGUUACCCACAAGGCACCGUACGUAUUCCCCAUCGUCGGCGGGCGCACCAAGGAGCAACUCAAGGACAAUAUUGAGGCCCUGACGCUAUCGCUGGAUGACGACGACAUCGCGGAGAUUGAGGGUGCUGUUCCAUUCGAUUAUGGCUUCCCGCGCAGCUUCCUAUUUCAGGGGCAGAGCACCGACCACGAUGGCAAAGUUUGGCUAUUGUCCAUGGGCGGUACGACCGACUACGUUCCCAACCCCAAGCCCAUCACAGCGAAGAAGAUCGGGGAGUAGAGCACCCGCUCUUUCUUUGACUCGUGGAGGUGGCUUUCAGGAAAAUACUGAGUCAUACUUGUACUUCAAGUUAAAAGUUGAAAAACUGCGGAAGCAGUUCCCUUUGACGAUACUCGAUGGCGGGUUCGGAAUGAGUUGUUGGAAGAAGCUGCUCUGACAGGGCGAGUUUCGAUGCUACCAACAUCAGUUGUUAUAUACUCCCUACUCCAAUAAGCUUUGGACUGAUUUGAUGGUAGAGUGCAAAUAUAGUCAAGGAUAGUAUUUAUAUAUAUAUAUAUAUUCCCCCUCAAUGGGAGGAAACCAUGGGUCUUA